UUCUUUCCGUCCACAGCUCACGCCCUCACGCGGAGCAGCAGAGCGCCGCCCUCUCCCUCUCUUUCUCCGCGGCUCUCGCGCCUUCCAUAACCUUCCACCUGCUCCCACCGCCGGGGCCGCAGCAGCGAUGGCGGCCAUGGGGAACGUGAUCGGGCUCGUGAACCGCAUACAGCGCGCCUGCACCGUGCUCGGCGACCACGGCGGCGACGGCGCCCUCCCCACCCUGUGGGAGGCACUGCCUUCCGUCGCCGUCGUCGGCGGCCAGAGUUCGGGGAAGUCGUCCGUGCUGGAGAGCAUAGUCGGGCGCGACUUCCUUCCUCGCGGCUCGGGGAUCGUGACGAGGAGGCCGCUGGUUCUGCAGCUGCACAAGACGGAGGAGGGGGAGAAAGACUACGCCGAGUUUAUGCAUAUGCCCAGGCGCCGGUUCACUGAUUUCGCUCUUGUGCGAAAGGAAAUCGAAGAUGAAACUGAUAGGUUGACAGGGAGGACAAAACAAAUAUCUCCGGUUCCUAUUCAUCUCAGCAUAUACUCACCAAAUGUGGUCAACUUAACAUUGAUUGAUCUGCCGGGUCUAACUAAAGUUGCCAUAGAGGGACAGCCUGAAACCAUUGUCGAGGACAUUGAAAACAUGGUGCGCCUACAUGUUGAUAAGCCAAACUGUAUUAUACUUGCUAUAUCUCCUGCUAAUCAAGAUAUAGCAACAUCUGAUGCCAUUAAGCUUGCUCGGGAGGUUGAUCCAACCGGUGAAAGGACCUUUGGUGUGUUGACUAAGCUUGAUUUGAUGGACAAGGGAACAAAUGCGCUUGAUGUUCUUGAAGGAAGAGCCUACAGACUACAACACCCAUGGGUUGGAAUUGUUAACCGUUCACAAGCAGAUAUCAACAGGAAUGUUGACAUGAUUAUUGCUAGGAAAAAAGAACAAGAGUUCUUUGCUUCUAGUCCUGAAUAUGCUCAUUUAGCCAGCAGGAUGGGUUCAGAAUAUCUUGCUAAACUUCUUUCACAGGAACUUGAGGCAGUGAUCAGGGCACGCAUUCCAAGCAUAACAUCUUUGAUAAACAAAACUAUUGAUGAGCUUGAAUCUGAGAUGGAUCACCUUGGUAGACCUAUUGCUUCUGACGCUGGGGCUCAGUUAUACCUCAUCUUGGAGCUUUGCCGUGCAUUUGACAAAAUAUUUAAAGAGCAUCUUGAUGGGGGACGACCUGGUGGUGAUCGAAUAUAUGGGGUCUUUGAUAACCAACUCCCUUCUGCUCUGCGGAAGCUUCCAUUUGACCGCUACCUCUCUUUGCAAAAUGUUAAGCGAGUUGUAUCAGAAGCUGAUGGUUAUCAGCCUCAUUUGAUUGCUCCCGAGCAAGGAUAUCGUCGACUGAUCGAAUCUGGUCUUAAAUAUUUUAGAGGGCCAGCUGAAGCUUCCGUAGAUGCUGUGCAUCUUGUUUUGAAAGAGCUGGUAAGGAAAUCAAUUGGGGAGACUGAGGAAUUGAAAAGAUUUCCCACUCUUCAAAAGGAGCUUGCUGCUGCAUGCUACCAGGCCCUGGAAAGAUUCCGUGAAGAUGGUCAUAAAACUGCUCUACGAUUGGUUGAUAUGGAGUCGAUGUAUUUGACGGUCGAUUUCUUCCGCAAGCUUCCACAGGAAGUGGACAAGGCUGGAACUGGAAGCCCUCCCACUCCUGCUGUUGAUCGGUACACUGACACACACUUCAGGAGGAUUGCUUCUAAUGUGUCCUCAUACAUUGGGAUGGUAUCUGAGACACUGAAGAAUACUAUCCCCAAGGCUGUUGUUCACUGUCAAGUCCGGGAAGCCAAGCGGUCCCUGCUUAACUAUUUCUAUACUCAAGUGGGCAGCAAAGAUGCUAAGCAGCUCGCACUACUCCUUGACGAGGAUCCUAAUCUCAUGGACCGUAGGCAGCAAUGCUUUAAGAGGCUUGAGCUAUACAAGUCCGCAAGGAGUGAGAUUGAUGCCGUGUCAUGGGCGCGAUGAAGGUACUAUGUGCUUGCUGUAUAUGUUCACAUUGUUAGUUAAACAGAUUAUACUUUUACAAGUGCAGAAUUAACCGUCAGUUAUUGGGCACUUCUUUUGCCAGAUCUCAGUUACCUGUGUUGUAUAACUUCUAGCUAUUAGUAUGAAUAGUGUUCUGUAUAUAUGACUUGAGUGUGGUCAGGAACUGGUGAUCUUUCAGAAUCUGUGUGCAUACUUCUAGGCAGAAGUAAGGAUUUAGUUUGUUUAUGGUA